GGAUGGGGACGGGCUGCGCUGCUCCAUGCCUAACUUAGUGCCGGUGCUUCGGGGGGAAGAGUCUGCUGUCUGUUUUGAAUGCUUUCUGCAUGACUAAUUAAUGUUCUGAAAUAAAUGGUGCUGUUAAACUCUAUGCUGGUACAGGCAGCCGGCAGCCGUGGCUCCUGUCCAAUACUUUAUCUAAUCUUUGCUUUGUCAAGGACGGGGCACUGCUUGUCAUCUAAAAGCCACUUAACUGCACUACAGCGUGAUGUCAUGCUCCUCUACAUGCGUGUCGAUAUUUAUGCUCAGUCUGUUGGGAAACAGCCCUGAAUACAGCGAGCCGUACGUAAUUACAUUCUUUGCAUGAUAACAAAACCCACUUGAAACUGGCAAGAGAUGAAACCCCGCAGCGUGGCGUUCGGAAUUCUGCAGGAGCAGAGCGUUCUGUAACAUUAUGCCGGGAUAAGGCAGCCUGAUUCACUGCAGGGAGGACACUCCCUCCGGAGCAAAGCAUUUGCUGUCGUCCCUCCGGAGCGGCGGCACCAGCACUGGAGCUGCUGAGCCAGGGUAGAGCCGACAGCAGUGCGGGACGGAGGGGGCUAAGCUCCCAACCCAGGACCAGUAGCAGAGCAAGCAGCAGGAGGAUGAGGAUGCUGCCAGGUGCCCACCAUGCUGAGAGCACAACGGGAGCCCCCUGAACCACAGGGCAUGGCGCAGAGAACCCAGCACAGACUUGUAAGUGGUUUUACAAGCCAGUGACUCCUGACAAACCCAGACAUCAUGGAAAUUAAGUCAGUGUUUCGGUGCUGGAAUGUAUAGCUGUUGGUGAGCUUUCCAUCCGCUGCUGCGCUCCCAGGGCCACCGCAUGAGCACGGCCGUGGUGGGUGAUGGCCUCGCAGCCCAGGCUGGCCCACGUCCUGCUGCUGGGCCUUGUGGCAGGCUGGCUGAGGGCUGCACAGCCCCGCGACUUCACCGUGAAGGACAUCGUCUACCUCCACCCCUCCACCACGCCAUUUCCUCACGGAUUUAAAUGUUUCACCUGCGAGAGGGCAGCAGAUAAUUACGAAUGCAACCGCUGGGCUCCGGAUGUCUAUUGUCCUAGAGGCACGAGGUACUGCUUCAGCCAACACAUGAUGAGAGUUACCGGAGAGAGUGUGUCUGUCACCAAGCGCUGCGUGCCCCUGGAGGACUGUCUGUCUACUGGAUGCACAUAUGUAAAGCACGAGGAGUACAAGAUCUGCACAUCCUGCUGUGAAGGCACCAUCUGCAACCUGCCGCUGCCCAGGAAUGCCAGUGAUGCUGUGUUCACCACCCUGUCCCCUCUCAGCAGCACCCCGGGGCUGUCAGGUCGUGCCGUGCUGACAGCAGUGUGUCUCCUGCUGGGGCUCAUGGCAUAGACCAGCAUCGGGCCACACACGUCUGCUCAGGACCCACACUUCAGAACUGUAUCUGAAAACUGACUCUUGUUAACUGGUGAUGCUGGAGAUGGAUUCAAAGAGGACUAAAACCCACUUUUUGUUGUUGUUGUUGCUGGUUUUGGAAGAAAUUUGUGCAAGAUGUGCCUAGAUUUCGGGCUUAGACUUAUUCUCUAUCUUAUCUCCAAGAUUUUUCUCAUUUAUAAGUACCAAAUCCCUGCCACCUCCUUUUACCAUCACUCACUCAUUCAGAAUGUUCCCGUUGGCAUCGUUCGUUGUUAACAUCAUUUGUCACAGCAGUCACCCCAGUGUCCUGCUUGCCCGGUCUGGGAAAACACAUUGAAUAACACACAGGAAAAGCAACAAAGAUAAGUUGGAUAUUAGGAAACAUUUCUUUCCCAAAAGCACUGGCACAGCUGCCCAUGGGGUGGGGGUCACCAUCCCUGGGGGUGUCCCAGAGCUGUGGGGAUGUGGCACUGAGGGACGUGGGGGGGAGAGGAGAAGGGGGUAAGUGGGGUUGGGAUCCUCGACAGCUUCCUGUGGUUCUUGGUUUGGUUGGGCACCAUGUAUGCAAUAUUUAUUUUUGUAUAUUGAGUAGGCUCUAAAGCAUUUAAAAGGUUCUUAAUGCUAAUAUUGCUGGGGAAAAAAGAAAAUGGUUUUGCAAGUGGGUAAGCCUGUAGUCUAUAAAUUAUCAUAAGAGUAUAUAUAUACUUUAUAUAUAUAUAAUAUUUUAUAUAUAUAAAUAUAUAUAUAGUCACUGUUGAAAACAACUCCACUCCAUUUUUUCUUUAAGCUCAGCUAUAUGAACAGGGUGGCUGUGGUCUUGUUUUAAGCUUAGCAAAACUUUUUCUACUUUGUUUUUUAAUUCUGAAAAGUUCUUACAAAUGUCCCAAAUUGUUCUCUUCUGAACUAAUGGUGGCCAGCCCUGCUCCAAGGAGCUUCACCAACUCACAGCUUAUGCUCUACCGUGCUUUUUUUGGGUGAGGUACAGCAUAAAGCGUGGACAGAGGGAGAAAAUGCUGCACUCCCAGUGCUGUGUGCAGCCCUUUGGAGCUGUGAUACCUGCUGAAGUGCUGUUCCUGGAGGAGAAUGGAGAGCAGCACUCACACUUUGGGUCUGGGGCAUUUCUCCAGGGUCUGAAAGCACACUGGAUGCCUUGGUACCUCUUGAUGUGAGGCUUGGGUGGUGGUUUUAUUUUUAAUUAAUUUACCUAUCUAUUUCCUGGUCAAAAUUGUGCAUUGAGCACCUUGUAUUUCCCUUUCUACCUUUUCAUACGCAACUACUGAGGACAGGUUAGCUGCUGGCACUCAAAGCCCUGCAUUUGGAGGUCCUUUUGGUUCUCCUGUGACUUGCUCACAGCUCUCUACAAUUAAUUAAGGGCUAGAUGCAAUCUGCUGCUUUAUGCAAGCUCAACCCACCUGGCCACUCCAGGACCCAACCCAAUCCUCAAUGCCAUUCCUCCCACAGAGCCAGCUGCAGAGAGGAAGAAAGAGGAGGGGAGGGGGAUAGUAUUGUGGCUGGGGGUGUUCCAGAAAGAUGUGGCACUGAGGGACACAGGCAGUGGGAAUGGGUUUGGUGAUCUCUGAGGCUUUUUCCAGCCUUAGUGAUUCGUGAUUCUAUCAUUCUAUGCAGGCAGCUUGUUGUUGUUCAGCCCAUCCCUGGAGGUGUUCAAGGCCAGGUUGGAUGGGGGCCUGGGCAGCCUGGGCUGGUAUUGAAUGGGGAGGUUGGUGGCCCUGCCUGUGGCAGGGGGCUGGAGAUUCAUGAUCCUUGAGGUCCCUUCUGCGAUUCUGUGCGAUCCUGCGUUUAACAGAAAAACACUUUAACCCAAUUCACUCACCCAACCCUGUGUGCUACGCUAAUUCCUCCUGCAGUCAGAGGAGGAGAAAGUGGCCUUGCUCCUUUGCUGAGAUGGGGUGAACUGCAUCAGCUCAGACCCAUGAUGGAGUGGGGACAGGCCAUGGGCCAUGGAGAAGAAGCUGAGACCCCACAUGUGGAUCUGCCCCUGCUCUCUCCUCGUGGGUCUCUUUGGGCAUAUAAUGCUGAGCUGCAUCGUAUUUAUUUUGAGGCUGGGAGAUGCCUUUUAAACGCCUAAUUUUUUAACUAUUGUAAAUGAUGUACAGUUAUACAAAUAAAUGUUUUAAUCAUACAGGUGAUAUGUCAGAUAAGUUUACUAUCAGAGAACUGCUGCCUUCUGCCCUGUGCCCCUGCCUCCUUCCCACAGUGGGGUUGGAGCAGCUGCCCUGCUACUGCUGGGCCUCCAUUUGUGACCCCUGAUCCUCUUUUCCUUCAGCUUCUCUCUAAGAGCUGUGAGUGUUCAUGACUCUGCUCUCAGCUCAUGUAGCCCCAGUGCAUUCUGCUGGUUCUUGUGCAGUUAUUUAUUUGCACUGCUGCAGCCAACACUUAGUGGGAUGCAAACAGCUUCAGGCACAAGGACUGAAUAUGGUAUUGUGGAGCACAUAGCUCAAAGCUUAAAAAGGUUAUAAAAAAGAUAGCCC